AGUCAACUCAGCAACCUAGCAGAAGUAGGACGAAGACCCAAUUUUGUGAUGUUUGUUUAUUUAUUAAUCACAUUAUAAUGACAAUUUAUGGUGAUUUAUGGGAGCCGAUUGUAACUACAAAGCUUACUUCAAGAAAUGCACGACCUGCCAUCUACUCAAAAGUCCCGUGAUUUGAGAGGGUUAAAACUGACGACAUGUCCAGCAAUAUUAAAAAGCCGUCAAUCAAUGUUUCAACUGCCAAGAAGGCUCCACCUCUAGAAGUUGGUGUCUUGCCUCCACGCUACCAACCCCCACCCCAGCCCCAGUCUGCUGCUGUAGCUAUAGGCGACUCAGGCAAACAGUUUCAAACAGUUGCUGAAAUUGAUAGGCACCAGCCUUCAGACAGCAACAAGCCCCGCCCACCUCAGUAUCUCCCUCCACCCGCUCCUCCACCCACCACUCAGCCUACAGAGAUGCUCAAGUUUGUGCGCAAACCGGACGCAGAGGCUGCGCGGCUAGCAGCAGAACAGACACGACGGAUGGCGGCAGAGUUAAGACAAAUGAAGGAGGCGAACCAACGACUCAGUGAUGACAAUCAGGAGCUGCGCGACCUGUGUUGCUUCCUCGACGACGACAGACAGAAGGGCCGCAAGCUGGCGAGAGAGUGGCAGAGGUUCGGCCGGUACACAGCAUCCGUCAUGCGUCAAGAGGUGUCAGCAUACCAGACGAAACUGAGAGAACUGGACACCAAACAGCACGAGCUCAUCAAGGACAAUCUGGAACUAAAGGAGCUGUGUUUGUACCUGGAUGAGGAGAGGUCAGGGUCGUGUCGAGCAUGCGGCGCCGGGCUGCGUAGAGACGACGGAGAUGGCAGUAGCAGCUCCACUAAUGCUGAUGAACCUCACACGUCACACUCGCCCGCCUUCCACCGUCCUCCUGUGCCUGCCGCUCACAACCACACACGCUCUUACGAGGAGCUGGUCCAAUACGUGCAGAGACUAGAGGCCAGGAUAAAGAUAUUGGAGGAGGAAAAGAGAGUUUUACAGCAAAAGGUUGGCCAAACUCCCGUCUCGGCUGUAACUCCUUGGGAACCUCCACCCACUGAUAAUUGCGAAGCUGUGGUACAAGCCCUGCAAGUGUUGGAAGUCAGAGAACAGUUGGAUCACUCGGACACAGACCUGUCUACGCAGGACAUGGAUGAUGGGGAGAAGGCGCUUUUGAGAGAGAUGUGUAAUGUGGUGUGGCGUAAGCUGGGUGAAGGACCUAAUGCCAGAAGACAGUAACACGGGUUCCUACGAGACUUAGCCUUAGAACAAGUACAAAUGUAUAGUUACAGAACACAAUCCAACCACGGUCAGUGUUCCAAAGAUAGUUAGUGCAUCCCUUGUCUUACUUGUAUAGAUUCACUCAAUCUUGCCUGCAGAAAGUUAAGUCAUUUUUAUAAAAAGAUGAAUAGCUAAAGCACAUGUACAGGAAAUUCUCUAGGUGAAAUACAGGUUGUAUAGCCUACAGCUCUCGUGUAGGGGGGGAAUAGUCCCUGUUUUUCAAAUGAAUUAUAUCCCACCAUAUUUUUUACAUUAAGAAAAAGGUUUACUGUUAAGUAGGGACAUCAGCUGUAAUAUUAUUUAAAAUAGGAUUCAAAAAUUAACAGGUCCAGACUUUUAGAUAUAACAGUUCUCCCCCAUUUGACUUCAACGUUAAUUCAAUAUUCACUUGCAGCAACCACAUUCCUUGGAUUUUUUUAUUAUUGAAGAUCGUCUUAAGUGAUAAGCAGGUGAUUGAUUGAUAUGUUUGUGAUUUUAUGCUGCAGUCAAUUUUUUUUUAGCACUUUCAGGUGUCUCUGACAUUGCGUAAUCCAUAUUUGAUCCAGAUGUGGUUUAAGUCUGGACUUGUUAACUAUUUUGAAUCCUUUAAAUAAUUACCAAGUCCAUACUUACUCUACUACUAGUGAUAGUCGAAUCCAGAAUAUCCUAUCUCAAAUCCAAAUCCUUAUAACCCACAAUAUUGUUAACCUAGUGAUUUAGCAUCUUGGACAUCAGUGCGGCAUGAGUUUCAUUCCUGGCACAUCCACUAAACCUUUGGGUUUGGACAGCUUUUGAGUCUGUACAUAGACUCUAGUAUAAAUGCCACCGGUGCAGACAGUUAAAUUCCUCCAAAAAGCAGACAUAACAACUUUCUCCAAACCCCCAAAAUAUCUAGAUUAUUUUGUACAUUUCUAUUCGGUUUUCAUUAAGAGACGGUAGCAGGGGUUGCCACAUUAUGAGGGUUGAAUUCAAUAUAGCAAAAUGAAUCUCAAAUUCAAUUAUUUCUUUGAAUUUCAGCUUUGGUUCAUCACUAAUUUAAUCCCCACUAAAUUUGUUUAUUACCCAAGAACAAUUUUAACUCCAAGAACUAUUUAAUUAGCCUACUCUUAAAUACAGCCACUCCAAACUGGAUGCCAUUACAUCCAAAACAGUAAAACUCCUGCUUUGAAACACAUUAACUUACAUACACUUUGAUUGUUCCUACUGUGCCUUUUUUACUUCCUUACCCAGAUAAUUUUGUCCUGCCGGUGACUUAGAACAAAUGUUAAGGCAUGUAAUGUAUUUCCAUUACAUUUCUAUAUUCUUUUUUAACAAUAUUAUAAGUGUAUUUUAAUGGGCCUUACUAUAUAACUAUUUUAUCUUUUAACUAUUUUUAUAAUUUUAUAAAGUAUUUUGCGAAUUAACAGUAUUAUUUUAUUUAUUUGAAUCUCUUAGUAUUAACAAAACAACUUUCAGUGUGGAAUCUAUUUUAUUGUAGUUUUAUAUUUAGCAUUAUAUUGUGUGCAUACUUGCCGUAGAACUAUUUUGUUAUUAUUACUUGGUGCUCAUCAUUUGUCUUAAGUGUAAGAGAUGUAAAGAUGAUAUUUUGUAUAAAGUUUUAUAUAGUUAAUCAGGGGUCAGAUUAUUUAUUUUAGUAUUAUAUUUAUUCUAUCUAGUUGCCAUUUUCGCCAUCAUGUCGCCUUACGUAGAUUUCUUAUAUUUUUGUAAGAUUUUAGACUUGUAAAUUUAUUGUUAUACCUUUAUAAAUAAAUCGUUUUAGUUUUAUAGAA